AAAACAAAAACCUUCAGCUCCUGUUUCCUUCCAGAAAACCCCCAGUUCCUGACAGCGGGUCGGACCGGACCUCCGCCGGCUGCCGGUGCUGGAGGCCGGGUUCCGGUGCUGGAGGCCGGGUUCCGGUGCUGGAGGCCGGGUUCUGGUCCAGUCAUUCAACCUUCAGGGGCUCCUGAGAGGCAGAUGGAGACUCCUCUCCACCUGGAAGCUUUACUCUCAGGCCGUUUGCAUCUCCCAGGAUGGGUAAUGUUUUGGCUGCCAGCGCCCCCAGCCCACCCCCUCCUCCAUCAGCGUCCAGUUCGCCCUCCCCCGGGGUGACGCUGCCGCCUGGCUUCGGGAUGCCCCCCGUCCUUCCUCCAGCUGGAACAGGACCUGGACAGCAGCAGCAGGAGGCUCCAAACCCCCUCCCCAACCCUGGAGCCUUUGACGAAUGUCAUCGGAAAUGUAAAGAGGUGUUCCCCAUGCAGAUGGAGGGAGUCCGACUGGUUGUGAACAAGGGUCUGAGCAACCACUUCCAGGUGAAUCACUCCCUGCUGCUCAGCACCACCGGAGACUCCAGCUACAGGUUUGGAGCGACGUUUGUUGGAUCCAAACAGGCCAGUCCUGCAGAGUUCUUCCCGGUCAUGGUGGGAGACAUGGAUAACAGCGGCAGCCUGAACUCGCAGAUCAUCCAUCAGAUCAGCAGCAGGAUCCGCUCCAAAGUGGCGUUCCAGACGCAGCAGCAGAAGUUUGUGAACUGGCAGGGCGGCGCCGAGUUCAAGGGAGACGACUUCACGGCGGCGGUGACAUUUGGAAACCCCGACGUCCUCGCCGGCUCUGGGAUCGUCAUCGCUCACUACCUGCAGUCCAUAACUCCGGCUCUGGCGCUGGGAGGGGAGCUGGUUUACCACCGCAGGACCGGAGAGGAGGGCGCCGUGGUGUCGCUACUGGGUCGCUACACAGGCGGUAACUCCAUCACCACGCUGACCCUCGGCUCGACGGGAGCUCACGCGUCGUACUACCACAGAGCCAACGACCAGCUGCAGGUCGGCGUGGAGUUUGAGGCCAGCUCCCAGGCACAGGACUCCAGCGUGACGUUUGGCUACCAGCUCGAUGUUCCCGGAGCUAACCUACAGUUCAAAGGUUCCAUUGACAGUAACUGGGUUGUCGGAGCGACGCUGGAGAAGAAGCUGCUUCCUCUUCCUCUCUCUCUGGUUCUCUGCUCCUUCCUGAACCACCAGAAGAACAAGUUCCAGUGCGGCUUCGGCAUCACUAUUGGUUAGAACCCAGGAGGGACUCGGACUCUAACGGUUCUGCCGCGUCAGCGCCUCAGCCGGUCUGAUCCUGCUGCGUCCGGCUGCUGGUCGUUAGUAGAAGAGGAAGUCGUUAGCAGCUUAAAUCUGAAGGAUGGGCGGAGCUUCAGUCUGAAGGACGGCAG